GGCUGCUGCUGCACCAGAUCUCACCCUGAAGGAGACUGAGGGCCGAGCGGGGCAGGAGGUCACCCAAGGCUGACUGGUCACUUUAGGCCUCACGUCCACCUGCCAGCCGCUGGUGCUCCAGUGGUGGCGAGGUCUGCAUCUGCAAGGCCCAUGGCGGCAUCCACAGCUCUGUCAGCAGUGGCGGCGGUGGCAACGCUGUCUGGCCUGGCACUGCGACUGUCCCGCUCUGCAGCAGCCCGUGGCUCUUACUGUGCCUUCUGCAAGGGGCUCACGCGCACGCUGCUCACCUUCUUUGAUCUGGCCUGGCGGCUGCGCAUGAACUUCCCCUAUUUCUACAUCGUGGCCUCGGUGAUGCUCAACGUCCGCCUGCAGAUGCGGAUCGAGUGAGCGCCUGUGGCCACAGUGACCCACAGGAGGGUCCUGCGCCAGCCAGCCCUCCCGUGCGUCCACCCGCCCACAAGGAGGACAGUGCAGCCGCCCAGAUCCCCCGGAGGCGGUAUGGAAAGGAGGCGGGGCGGCCCAGACCUCUAGACCCUAGCGCUCCGAGAGAGGACGCUGGCCACUGAGCCACCCAGGCCACCGAACACCAGACCCACGCGUGACCUGCGCGCACCCCUCGCGACCAGUGCUGGAUUGCACAAAAACUCAGAAAACGGAGCCGUGACUUUGGGUUUGAGGACAUGAUCUGAGUACAGCCGACCCGUUGCCUCACGUUGGCAAAAGAGGGAAACCAGAAAGAAGAAAUGCUGCUGCUGCAGGGACCUGCUUUGACCAGCCUGACCUUAUAAAGAAAUUGGUGUUUGAAGCUGGUGACUCGCCCCUUCUCUGGCCUCCUCAAGAGUCCAACCUGUGCCCAAGGGCCCACCUGGCCCUAGAACUUCCUGGUAGCAGCUGAGUAGCCUGGCUGAGGAGGAGAUGAAAGGCCUUCCAGGCAGAGGCCCCAAGAGGCUCAGCUCCCCGAUGCCCAGGAUCAGACGGGAGAGGACUCUAGAUGGGCUUGGAUUGGUCCUGGAGGCCUGGGUCUGUUUUCCAGGCCACGGAACUUCUACAAAAUCAGGGACACCAACCUGAAUGAGAUGGCUUUCAAUUUUCCACGUUCCGCCCACCAUUCCCAUAGCCAGAGCCUUUUCAAGGACAGAGCCUUGGGAGAAUAAGGUGUGGAGACCAUCAUCUGGAUAGUAGAGUGACUGAACCCAGUCAAGGCCUCUACACAAACUUUAAGAUUCCUGCAGCCACCCAAGACAAGCCUUGGUUGUAAGUCCCCUAGCUUAUUAAAGCUGCCUUCCA